AUGGAAGCAGACCCAGAUCAGAUCGAAGAAAUCGUCCCAGAAUAUCUCGCUCGGCCAGCCCAACACGCCCAUCGCCAGCCGCUCAUCAGCGCCUCACCAAGACCCAGCCGACGGCCAUCCGAAGAGAGCUUGAAUCUCAAGCAGGCCCAGCGCUAUGCCAGUCAAACGAUCCCUGAGCCCGUCGACCAGCCGAGACUCGCUUUCGACUUCUCGACCAGCCAUCCUCAGCGAAUCUUCUCAAACGAAACUGUCAAGCAACAUCUGCUCCAACGAGCUCGAGAAGACAAAGAUCGGAGCGACAAAUCGCAAAAGAUCUCCAUCGCGCCCUCGAUCACUCUCAGUCUUUUCACCCAUCUCACUGAUCCCAGCUUGAGUUGGGCCACCAAGUUGGGCUGUUUCGGGGCCACUCUAGGAAUCAAUUUCUUGCUGCCGUUCAUCAAUGGGGUCAUGCUAGGCUUUGGCGAAAUCGCUGCCAGAGAAUUCCUUGGUGUUUACUUCGGAUGGGGCCCCGCUGGAUAUCGGUACUACUCCAAGCAAACACAAAACCCAUCCCAAUCGUCCGGCCAACCGUCUUCAAAUCAUGGGUGA